ACACAGGGCGUAUUUACCACAAGGCAAACAAGGCAUUUGCCUAAAGGAGCAUUUUUCAGGGGGGCAGCACUGUCCCCCUGGAAGAAGGGACGGAAGAAGGGACACAUGCGGCAUGGGGACCAGGUGGGAUCCGAGAGAGGCUGCGGACUGCUUGAUAGUUUAUGGAGAGCCAGACUCUUGUUCUCUGGGAUGUCUGGAGCUGUGAAGGUGAAUGUCUUUCUCUCUCUCGCCGGGGGGGUGGGAGAUGGGCAGGGGUGCUGUUAGUUAAUGUCAGGCUCUCUCCAUGUGGGGG